CGUCGUUGCGUCACAUCCGGUCCUGGCGGAAGUCCUCCCCGGCUCACCGGGAAGUAGCUGAAGACUGGAUGAUGGCAGUUCUGGAGGCCUCCCUCCAGGGCAGCCCGGAGGCCGUGGUGCCCCCGCGGUAGACCGGAGCAGGGUGGCGGGCUCCGGACUCCGAGGGAUGGAGGGAUCUAAGACGUCCAGCAGCACCAUGCAGGUGAGCUUCGUGUGCCAGCGCUGCAGCCAGCCCCUAAAACUGGACACGAGCUUCAAGAUCCUGGACCGUGUCACCAUCCAGGAGCUCACAGCUCCAUUACUUGCCACAGCCCAGGUGAAAUCAGGAGAGACCCAGGAGGAAGAGGGUAACUCAGGAGAGGAGCCAUUUAUUGAAACUCGUCAGGAUGGUGUCUCUCGCAGAUUCAUCCCCCCAGCCAGGAUGAUGUCUACAGAAAGUGCCAACAGCUUCACUCUGAUUGGGGAGGCAUCUGAUGGCGGAACCAUGGAGAACCUUAGCCGAAGACUGAAGGUCACUGGGGACCUUUUUGACAUCAUGUCAGGCCAAACAGAUGUGGAUCACCCACUGUGUGAGGAAUGCACAGAUACUCUUUUAGACCAGCUGGACACUCAGCUCAACGUCACUGAAAAUGAGUGUCAGAACUACAAGCGCUGUUUAGAGAUCUUAGAGCAAAUGAAUGAGGAUGACAGUGAACAGCUACAGGUGGAGCUAAAGGAGCUGGCAUUAGAGGAGGAGAGGCUGAUUCAGGAGCUGGAAGAUGUGGAAAAGAACCGUAAAUUAGUGGCAGAAAAUCUCGAAAAGGUCCAGGCUGAAGCUGAGAGACUGGAUCAGGAGGAGGCUCAGUAUCAGAGGGAAUACAGUGAGUUUAAACGACAACAGCUGGAACUGGAUGAUGAGCUGAAGAGCGUAGAAAACCAGAUGCGUUAUGCCCAGGUGCAGCUGGACAAGCUGAAGAAAACCAACGUCUUUAAUGCAACCUUCCACAUCUGGCAUAGUGGACAGUUUGGCACAAUUAAUAACUUCAGGCUGGGUCGCCUGCCCAGUGUUCCUGUGGAAUGGAAUGAGAUUAAUGCUGCUUGGGGCCAGACAGUGUUGCUGCUCCAUGCCCUGGCCAAUAAGAUGGGUCUGAAAUUCCAGAGGAUGGAUGUGGAAAAAGGCAAGAUUGAAGACACAGGCGGCAGCGGCGGCUCCUAUUCCAUCAAAACCCAGUUUAACUCUGAGGAACAGUGGACAAAAGCUCUCAAGUUCAUGCUGACGAAUCUUAAGUGGGGUCUUGCUUGGGUGUCCUCACAGUUUUAUAAUAAAUGACUUUCUGUUUUCCUUAGCGGGAUGUUUGCCUUAAAGGCUUUAAAUUUUGUUUUGUUUGAAAAGUUUUAAGUUAAGUUUGGGUACUAUUAAACACACGUUUACAAUAUACCAAAAAAAGAAAAAAAUCUACAAAAGCCACUUUAUUGUAAAAUAUCACAUGGCAAAUAGUUCCCAGAGCUACCAGCCUUGUUAUAGUUUUAAUUCUUCACCCCAAGCCUUCCUUUCCCUCUCCCCUUAAAAUAAUUUAAAUUUGCUUCUGUUUUUGUUUGUAACUGAGUUGAAUUGAGAUUGAUAUGUUUUCACUGUAAUUUAUCUCUUUCAACUUCCUGCACUUAACAAUAUUAAAUAGAAACGUUUGUCUCCACUGAGACGAUGAGAUGUAUGAGACGCACAGUUUUGGAUAAUGUGAGAAAAUGACAUAUAAGUAAGCUUUGGUCACCGUGUGAUGUGAUCAGAAGCUUGAAAUUUAACACUUCUCACUUGGUUCUAGUACUGAAUGCCUGUCUGUUCUGUGUUAGAGAUACGAAAUGGUGUUUGAUACUCCUAAAGACAUUAUGGAGAGAAUUAUUUGUAAUAAAAGAUUUGCUGCAGUCUGAUAA